GCCAGUUCCCAGGCCGCCUGUCUGGGCCACGGUCGCCUGAGGACUGUCACAGUAGGCUGGUCACGCGGCUUACCCUGCCUCCUCCAGGGCCUGGGUUGGGGGCCGGGGCCGCAGGGGCAGGUGAGGGUGGGCUGCUCCUGGGCCACGCUCUGGGGCGGAGCCGCAGCCGGAGCCACCAGGAGCCACUGGCUGGAGUCCGACGGAGCCCCGCUCAGUGAGCUCUCCUGGUCAUCGUCCCUUGCUGUGGUGGCUGUGUCCUUCUCGGGACUCUUCACUGUCAUUGUCCUCAUGCUGGCCUGCUUGUGCUGCAAGAAGGGUGGCAUUGGGUUCAAGGAGUUUGAGAAUGCUGAGGGGGACGAGUGUGUGGCCGACGGCUCAGCGCAGGGCUCCCCGGCCGCAGCAGCGCAGAACGGGCCCGAUGUAUACGUCCUGCCCCUCACCGAGGUCUCCCUGCCCAUGGCCAAGCAGCCCGGCCGCUCAGUGCAGCUCCUCAAGUCCACGGACCUGGGUCGGCACAGCCUCCUGUACCUGAAGGAGAUCGGCCACGGCUGGUUUGGGAAGGUGUUCCUGGGCGAGGUGCACUCGGGCGUCAGCAGCACCCAGGUGGUGGUGAAGGAGCUGAAGGCCAGUGCCAGCGUGCAGGAGCAGAUGCAGUUCCUGGAGGAGGCGCAGCCCUACAGGGCCUUGCAGCACAGCAACCUGCUCCAGUGCCUGGCCCAGUGCGCCGAGGUGACGCCCUACCUGCUGGUGAUGGAGCUCUGCCCGCUGGGGGAUCUCAAGGGCUACCUGCGGAGCUGCCGGGUGCCCGAGUCCAUGGCGCCCGACCCCCUGACCUUGCAGCGCAUGGCCUGUGAGGUAGCCUGUGGUGUCCUGCACCUGCAUCGCAACAACUAUGUGCACAGCGACCUGGCCCUGCGAAGCUGCCUGCUCACAGCUGACCUGGCGGUAAAGAUUGGCGACUACGGCCUGUCUCACUGCAAGUACAGGGAAGACUACUUCGUGACCGCUGACCAGCUGUGGGUGCCGCUGCGCUGGAUCGCCCCGGAGCUGGUGGAUGAGGUGCAUGGCAACCUGCUCGUGGUAGAUCAGACCAAGACCAGCAAUGUGUGGUCCCUGGGUGUGACCAUCUGGGAGCUCUUCGAGUUGGGUGCACAGCCUUACCCCCACCACUCAGACCGGCAGGUGCUGGCUUAUGCUGUCCGGGAGCAGCAGCUCAAGUUACCCAAGCCCCAGUUGCAGCUGACCUUGUCUGACCGCUGGUACGAGGUGAUGCAGUUCUGCUGGCUGCAGCCGGAGCAGCGGCCCACGGCCGAGGAGGUGCAUCUGCUGCUGUCCUACCUGUGCGCUAAGGGCGCCACGGAAGCCGAGGAGGAGUUCGAGCGGCGCUGGCGCUCACUGCGGCCAGGCGGCGGUGGCGUGGGCCCAGGGAUGGGCGCAGCGGGUCCCGCGCUGAGCGGCGCCCCAGAGCUGGCCGCCACCUCGUCCUUCCCGCUGCUGGAGCAGUUCGCAGGCGACGGCUUCCACGCGGACGGCGACGACGUGCUGACAGUGACCGAGACCAGCCGCGGCCUCAACUUUGAGUACAAAUGGGAGGCAGGUCGCGGCGCCGACGCCUUCCGGCCGACGGGGGGCGCGCCGAGCCCGGGCCGCGCCGCGCGCCUGCAGGAGCUGUGUGCCCCCGACGGAGCGCCGCCAGGCGUGGUGCCCGUGCUCAGCGCGCACAGCCCCUCUCUGGGCAGCGAGUACUUCAUUCGCCUGGAGGAGGCCGCGCCUGCCGCGGGCCACGAUCCCGAUUGUUCUGACUGUGCGCCCAGCCCCCCCGCUGCUGCGGACCAAGACGAGGACUCCGACGGUAGCACCGCUGCCUCGCUGGCCAUGGAGCCGCUGCUGGGCCACACACCGCCAGCUGAUGGCCCCAGGGGCCGCUGCAACCACUACCAGAACAGCAGCCGAGCUGGGGAUCCACCCUCCCCCUCACGUUCACUCUCUCCUGGGCCCUCCAUGCUAGCAGAGGAUGCAGACUGGGGUGUAUCCGCUUUUUGCCCUCCAUUCUUCCAGGACCCACUGGGGGCAUCCCCCUCGGCGAGCUCCAGGGCCCAGCCAUCCCCUGGUGGGGAGGAGCUGGGGGAGGCUGAGGCACAAAGGGCUGCCCAGCGUGGACACUGGAGCUCCAACAUGUCAGCCAACAACAACAGUGGCAGCCGUGACCCAGAUUCCUGGGACCCAGGCUACGUGGGCAGCUGCGCAGACCACUGCCCCAGCCCAAACCAGACCCCACGAGCCUCCCCUGAGCUGGGCCAACCCCUGGACCGGGAGGACCCCAGGGAGCCUCUGCUUGGGCCACAGACAGCCUCCCUGGGCCAGGAGCCAGGUGGAUGCAUCAGCCCACCCCAUCCAUGCCAGGUCACAUCCCCCUGCACAGAGACUGCUGUAAAUGGGGGUGGCAACCCUCAGGCAGAACCCAAGCUUGCCCAGGAGGCUGAGGGCUCUGCUGGACCCCAACUGCCUCUUCCUUCCAUCCCCUCCCCAUCCCACGAGGGAGCCCCACUUCCUUCAGAGGAGGCCAGCGCCCCUGAUGCCCUGCCUGCCUCACCCACACCUGCUACCAGUGGCCAGGUCACAGUUCUCAAGCCAGUCCCAACUCUGGACAGCAGCAGUAACUCUGCCGCCCAGGAGGCACCCAGUAGUGAGGAGGAAGACACAACUGAAGCCACUUUGGGUGUCUUUACUGACUUGUCUAGUGAUGGCCCUCAGGCUGAGAAGCCAGGUAUAGUGCCAGCCUUCCGAUCUUUGCAGAAGCAGGUGGGGACCCCCGACUCCCUGGACUCUCUGGACAUCCCAUCUUCAGCCAGUGAUGGUGGCUGUGAGGUCUUCAGCCCAUCAGCCGCUGGCAUCCCUGCUGGGCAGCCCCGUGCCCUGGACAGUGGCUAUGACACUGAGAACUAUGAGUCCCCUGAGUUUGUGCUCAAGGAGGCCCAUGAGUCGAGUGAUCCUGGGGCCUUUGGGGAGCUGGCCUCAGAAGGUGGGAGUGGAGGGCCUGAUAUGCAGCUCUCGGCUUCCCUGGGAAGCCUCAGCGAGAAGAACCCCUACAGAGACUCUGCAUACUUCUCAGACCUGGAUGCUGAGUCUGAGCCCUCUGUGGGCCCCCAGAAGUGCAGUGAGGCUCAGGCCCUGGGGCUAGAGCCAGACCUUAAGAGUCCACAGGGUCCUGGGCCAUCUGUACAGGCUUCUCCCCAGCCUGGGGUGCUCCAGGAGGCACCAGGCACUGGCCACAAGGAGGCGCUUCCACCUGGGGAGGAGCCAGAUGCCUGCUCCAGUAAUCCCAAGGCAGAGCCUCCUGGGUCCAAAGGUCCAUCAGAUGUGCAGACUGUGCCCAGUCCUAGCCAUUCCAAAUUUUUCCUGCUGACCCCGGUCCCACUGAGCUCAGAAGGUGAAGGAGCAGAGCUUCAGAGGACCCCAGGACUGUCAGGGUGGUCCCCACAAGGGCGGACAGGGGGCUCCGGCACCUCCAGAACCCCGCUCUGCUUGGCACUGCCUGACCAUGUUGGGGCAUUGGAGGGCCGGUCGGAGGAGGAGGAGGAGGACAGUGAAGACAGCGACGAGUCGGACGAAGAGCUCCGCUGCUACAGCAUCCAGGAGCCCAGCGAGGACAGUGAGGACGAGUCCCCAGCUGUGCCAGUAGUGGUGGCUGAGAGCCAGAGCGCGCGCAACCUGCGCAGCCUGCUCAAGAUGCCCAGCCUGCUGUCGGAGGCCUUCUGCGAAGACCUGGAGCGCAAGAAGAAAGCUGUGUCCUUCUUCGACGAUGUCACCGUCUACCUCUUUGACCAGGAGAGUCCCACCCGGGAGCUCGGAGAGCCCUUCCCUGGCGCGAAGGAGUCGCCUCCCGCGUUUCUGGAGGGUAGCCCCGGCUCGCCCAGCGCCCCCGGACGGCCGCGACGGGGUGACGGCUCGCGUGACUGCUCCGAAGACGGCGGCGGGUUCGAGUGGGACGACGACUUCCCGCUGGCGCCCGCCAAGGCGGCCGUGGCGGCCGCGCUGGACCCAGCCGCUCCCACACCGGCCGCACCCCUCACGCCGGCCGCGCCCACGGCCUUCUCGCGCUUCACCGUGUCGCCCGCGCCCGUGUCCCGCUUCUCCAUCACGCACGUGUCGGACGCGGACGCCCAGUCCGUGGGAGGCCCUGCAGCCAGUGCUGGGGCUGGUUGCCCUGAGGCGUGAGACCUGAGCAGCUGCCCUCGUGAAGGCUGGCGUCACUGGAGGCCCUGCCCAGGCAGCAGCAAGGAUGGUGAAGGGGAAUGGGACUCCAGUGCCGCAGUGUCCCCUGCAGCAUUCUGGAGAAGCAGGUGGACAGAAAACUGGCUGUGCAAGGACACUCGCGCUGCCCGGGGGCAGAAUGUGACUGGACACGGGUUUGCUGUCGGCCUGGGGAUGCUUGUGGCACGAUGGGUGUCUCCACAUACAUGCACACUCCAGAGGGGCCCACUCCCUGGGCCUAGGCGGCCCCACCCUGCGGCCACCCUUCUGCCUGGCUGCUGCUGUUGGACUGCUUGGCCUCAGGCCUGGGGACCCACCCUUGGCCACGGGCCUGCAUGCCUUGCCUGGCUGGCUUCCUUCCUGUGUUCACAGGACAUCUGUGUCCUUGGCCAGGCAAGGCCUGGCCCCAGAUGAGGUCGGGCCUUCAAAUCUUCGUGCACCCUUCCACCUUGGUCUGGGUUUGCUUGGUGCAAGAAGAGGCGGUGGGCUCCGUGUCUCCAAUGCCCUUAUCUCCGAGUGACUGUUCCCCUUCACUGCCUCUACCCACAAGGCCCUCCCCAUAGGGUCUGGGAUGCUCCCUCUUGGGUCCUCCUGAGCUGAAAAAGGCAGCCAGAGGCACCAAGAGGGGCUUCCAGGCCUCACCCCACUACUGGCCCUGUUCUAGAGGUGCCCUCGGCAGGGUGGUACAGGUAGCUCCCCUCCUUGGGACAGUGCCUGGCCCCGGGCCCCAGCAGUCAAGGGAUAGUGGGGGCUCCUGCCACAGGGAAAUGGGGAAGAGGCGGGGCCGGGGUUCGCAGGCAGCACAGGGAAGUAUUUUUGUAACCACGGUUGCUGGAGUGAAUGGAAAUGGGGUGAUUUUAAGUUAUUGUUGCCAAAGAGAAAG